UCUAAACAGUAUGGAUGGGCAAACAAAAAAUCUGGGGUUCACUGUAUUAGACCCCCCUAAAAAGUAUUUCUCAAAUUCAUCUGAGAAAUAGAGCAAACUGUUUGGUAAAGGCAAGGCAUCUCAUAUACAAAGGUCUUUCAAUAAAUCUCCUUCAAUAAUUUGUAAAAAAUGUCACAUAAAAGUCACAAUAGUAAAUGAAAAAGUCUAUUAAGUAAUUACUCAUUUAAUAAAUAAAUAAAUAUACUGUUAUAUGGCGGUAAUUCAAAAAGUCAUGAACUAAAUUUUGAGAAUCAGUUGAAGAAUGAAAAAUUCAAUGAUCCAAUGAAAAUACGAUAAAAUUAAUAAAAAUACGAUUGAAUAAUAAAAAUGUUAUAAAAUAAAAAUUCCAUUGAAUAGUUAAUAAAUAACAAAAUGAAUAAAAUAUGCUUAAAUACAAAUUCUGUUAAAUGUUUAACUAUUCUAUUAAUAAUUAAAAAUAAAAUUGAAUGAAUACAAUGCCAUUAAAUAGUAGUUAAAAGGUCAUCAAAUACAAAUUUCAGUAAAGGAUAAAAAUUCUAUUGAUUAAUAAAAUUCCAUUAAAUACAUAUUUAUCUAAAUACUGAAUAUUGUUCUACUGUAUUUGAAAAUUUAAUUACUAAUUAAAAAUAGCAUUAUACUAAAGAAAUUAUUAAAACAUCAUCAUAUUAAAUCAUUACAUAUGUAAAAGUGGUCAAAAAUUAAUGGAUAAUUGAAUUAGUUUUUUUCCCCACACUUUAAAUAAUGAAUUCAUCUUUUAACUGUGUGUUGAAUUGAUGACUGUUUAUUUAAUUUCAGCACAAACAACCCCCCCCCCAUACCAAAUGCAGCUUCCUUUGAGAUGUUACAAUAAUGAAGUAUUUCAUUGCAAUCAGUGACCAGUAGAGGAUGUCCAAACAUCUCAGAGGGAUUCCCUUUAAAUGCCUAAGUAAAAGGGAGAUUUCAGCAAUUAUGGAAAAAGAAAACUUUAUCCAAUGUGAACAAAAUGUGCCAUGUUACACAUUUGUCCACCAAAAUGUACAAACGCUCUUAUGUUUUAUCGUUUCCUCCCGUGAGUCAGCAUCGAUGUGUUAUUAUGAGGACUUAUUAGCGGCUACUGGAAGUAUUUGUACUUCCAGUAAAAAGAAUACAAAUGCAUCUCUCAUUUUUAAUAUUGUGUCCGGGAAAAUUAGAACGUUAUCUCACGCAACGGUUUAUGAGAUGUAUUUGAAAUCACAAACUCGUGAUGACACGCCGGUUUCCAUGGGAAUUAAACAUUGACAAUCCGUGUGUGUGAGUGUGUUCACUUUAAGCCGAUUGUCACCCAUUAGAUGUGCUGGCGUCAAGCAUGUACACUGUGGGGAUUAUUAAUUACUGCACACACAAUAAACACAAUAAAUCCCACAAAUAUGACAGUGCUUAUUAAACACAGUUUCUUUCCAUAUUUUUUUGUUUUUUGUUAGGUAACACAUACAAAUGCAUACAGUAUGUAAAGCACUGGAAAUAUGUGCCCAGAAUGUAAACAAUGCAAUAUAUCCUAUUCUAAAAAUUAUACUGUGUAAUUUGUUCCUUUGCCAUGCUCUUAACUGAAAACACUCUUCUCAAAUCUUUCCCCGUUGAAAUUAAUUGUUAAUGCCACCCGUUCCAGCCUCCAACAAAAUGUUGUAAUGUAUAUGUAAUCUUUAAUAAUAUACUUUAUAAAAACAUACAGUAAUGCUCAUGCGGGUGUGUGCACCUUGGCCACCUUGAGGCAGUAUCAGACAGACAUGCAGAUAUACUGCACUUGAGAAUCGCAGCUCCACAACGUUACGUGAAGUGACUCAAUUUAGUGUGUAUGGGACUCUACCAACUUUAGAAAUAAGGAAAUUGUAAAAUUGAAUCCACUGACCGACAAACCCACCCACCGACGCCCCUUACCGACCCCACAGACCAACCCACUGACUGAGCCAACGACCGACCCACCGACUGAACCGCUGACCAACUGAUCCUUUGAUCCACCGACUCACCCAUCCACCCACUGACUCACCGACUGACCAAUUGACUGAACGGCCAACUGCCCGGCUGACCCCUCUCGACUGACCCAUUGACUGACCGACACGCCCGCUGACUCGGAGACCGACCCACAGACCGAAUAACUGACCCACCGACUCACCGACUGACCCACCCACUACCGAAACUCUGACUAAACGACCGACCGACCCAUCAAUUGACCACACUCACUCACUUCCCUAGUAGAAGUUGUUUCAAAACAAAAGAGCCGACUACCAGUUAAAUCGUGCACGGGUUCUUGAGAUUUUUUCAUGCGUUCUGUUUUGAACGACGUGUCCACCCACAUGUGAGGGGCUGAUUUUUUAUUUUUUAUUUUUUUUAAAUCCCCCCCCCCCAAGGCCUCCAAAAGGAUAAUCCAUUCCAAGUAGGCCUCAUUAAAAUGAAAAGUUCAGAAAUGUUCAGACACUCUUGUUGGCCAUACUCCUGUACGGUAUCUCUGCUCGUGUGCUGAUUAAGAGGCAGAUGAACGUUUCCUCAAGCAGUUCCUGUCUUGUAGUCCGGCCUCAGGGGGGCUACUGGAUCACGGCCCAUUUGUGGGGAUUUAUCUGUUUAAUAAGUGUUGACUAUUGUGCUGCGCGCUGUCCUCUGGGCCACAUAAUGACCGUCUCCUGUCGUCACUGAAUACCCCGAUGCUGAGCCUAAAUGGCCUCGCGUCCAGCCUCCAUCCCGUCCCUCGCUCCCAUUAGCACCGUGGUAUCUUUCUCCAGCUCUCCCGAGGGUCGACAGCGUUUCGGCACAUGGUGUAUAAAAGACACUAGGCCAGGUCAGUACCUUUCAUCGUGUACUAAAGAGGAAGCACGACACCUGUUAGUUCUUCAGAGCUUCUGGAAAGUCUUCUUCUUCCUUCCCUGGCUGACAAACAUGGACACGGGUGCAGCAGUGACCAUUCUAGUAUUGCUGAUAACGCUGGCGGGCGUCAGCCACGGGAUUCACAUCGGAGGCGCUUCGGAGGACCGUGAAGAUACGGCGCCGGGCAGCUCAGAGGACAACAUGGACAACCAUUUGCUGGAGAUGGAGAGCGUCAAAGUGGACAGCAGCGUAGACAAUCGUCUGCUGACUGCGCUUCUCAGAGCUCUGUUGCUAGGCUCUCGCAGAGAAGUCCGGAACUCUGUCCUCCAUCAGCCACAGAGGCUGGAAUUAAUUAUUGGCAUUUCAAUGGGGGAAAAAAAAGAGUUACGAUACGACUGCUUGGCGUUACGAGCGAGGUCACGGAACAAAAAUGUAGCCCAAUAGGUUGCUAGGUAUAAAAGUAUGUCUUCCCCUGGUGUACAUGUUCCACUGUAAACAUACAUUUUGAAAAUUCAGCCAAUAUGGACCUGCAGGACUCUAUGGAAUCUACUCAUCCCUCAUCAAAAGCAAUUUUUUUCUCCACUUGUCACCAUCCAUAAAGAGAUGAAAGCAUCUUUUCAUUGAAAUGUUAAACCCCCCAACCCACCUCUCCGCCCAAUUCCCGUGUGUCUCUAAUCCUCCUCCCGCCUCCGCCUCGGCAGAUUCGGCCGCUCGUCCCGAGGGCCGCUCCUGUUGGAAGAUCACAUCAA